UUUCUUCUCCAGUCCCCUCCAUCUUUCUCUCAGAACAAAGCCGAACGCAUAAAAACCCAGAAAGCUCCUUACUAGGGUUUUUUAACGACCGUUCCGUUUGGGGACAAUGAUAUAGGACCCAAAUAGUAAUCUGGGUCUGUUCUUUUAUGCCGGAAAAGCAGAAGGAUAUAAAUAAAAGGGCAGAGAAAUGGGUCAGGCAUUUCGUCGAGCGACUGGUAGGCUUCGAUCGGUGGACCGAUCACAGCCCACAAAAACAAGGAGACCUUUGCGUCCCACCGAAGAACAGAAUAUUUCCAGAGCUUCCCAGCAUGAAGAUCUCGAUCAUGGAAGAGUUACGAGAAGCAAUCCUGAGAAUGUACUGGAAAAAAGAGAUCCCAAGUAUGACGCAAUGCUUAGUCAAAUGGUGGGUAGGAUUUCAGCUAAACCUGGUGGCAAACUUGAGAUGGGUGAGGCAUUUGUGACCGAAAAUCCUACCAGACCCUUGCCAAAAUUGCAGAAUACGACGACAGAGUCAGUAAGGUAUGAAGACAAGCCCACACCUCCAGGAACCUUGAAUGUAAAACAGCUACAACACAUUAUGUUUUUGCAUCAGGGCAAGGCUGAUGAUCAUGAUGGUCCCAUGGAUGUUAAUCGGAUUGCAGAGAAGUUCAGACUGGAUGUUGCUCAGGUCCAAACGAUCCUGCAAUUCAUAUCCCUUCCUCCAGAGGACAACACCAAGUCCAAAAAACACCAAUAAAGAACUCUCGACUUUCAUUUUCCUCUUAUUUAGGAGUUGGAUUUUGUCUUGGAUAAAGUGCGGUUUAUAUAAAAACUCAAGUAUGUCAUUUGACAAAGUAGUUCAUAUUUGGAAUGUUUUGGAUGUUCACACUGAUAGGUAUACUGUAUGAUGAAUUUAUGAUGUAAUUUUUUUCUUUUUCUUAUUUUGAAGAAAAUAAUAGAGAGAUGGGUGCUUUAC